AUGUAUACAUGCCGGGCUACCAAUCAGACAUACAUUGCAGAGGUGAUGAUCGAGGGAAAUGCAAGCUUGGACGUCUCUGCUUUUCUGGCUGGACUCCAGUGGCUCGCCACAGACACAGCGACCAUCAUGGAAGCUACAUUAAUAGCUCAGUGUGAAAUCAUUGGUGACGAGACCACAUGCUGGUGUGAGAAUGGCUAUAUUUGGAGUGAUGUUGUGUGUGACUCUGUAAAUACUUGCUGCAACACUGUCAAAUGUGUGGCAAACAUAUCUGACUACACACCACUAUGUGUACCAAAAGUUAACGUUUCUCUGGUUGGAACUAUCGACACGGCACUACUGCCUGCAGAUUUGGAAACUACACUGCAAACUGAAUUCGGGGCAAUGAAUGGGUUCAGUUCGCUAAAUGUAACAAAAAGAACCAGUGGUGAUGGUCUGGAUUUUGUGGUGAAUCUCAGUGCCAUGUUUAAGACCACAAAAGUAGAAGGCAUACUUUCAACAGUUCAGCAGAGUAAUGCAGGAAUUCUAAAUAUAAACGUUACCUCAAGAGGACUGGUCAGUAUUGAUGUCCCUACAUGGAAAGUGUGCUAUCAAUCAACGCGAAAGCUUAGCUGCACUAUUGAAGAAGAAAUGAACAGCUGCAUGUGGCAGAUUUCUCGGACUGACCUGGGAACACAGACAGUAGGAGCUGGAACAGAAGUCGACAUCUUGUCUCUACCAACAUGUACCCUUGACACAGCUAUCUUGCUCUUAAACAUCACAUCGUUUUGGGCAGGAACAUACACUUGCAUUUUCACUGGAAGUGCAGGAACAGUAUCACAUGCAGCCUCUGCAGAUCUAAUGGUCGCUCUCUUACCAGAGGAAAUUAAUGUGACAAGUAUCCCACCGAAUCCAGAUUGUUCUGUGGCACAACAAAUUCAGGUUAAUGUGACGUGUUCCAUUUACAAGAGUAAGGAGGAAUAUACGGUUGCAAUAAAUGACACCAGGUUAUCACCAGCAGACCCCAACUCUGCAAUUAUUAGCUAUUACAGAACUUUCACCAUCAACUGCCUGGGAACUCGCCUACAGUCUCUGAUCGCUUACUGUAAUGUCACAAACAGUCUGGGCCAGAACACCACUGCUCCUCUAGAUGUGCCAAUAAUAUAUCCUGGAGAUCCAGUUUGUGAAAAAGACGACCCAUGGCCAAAAACAAAGAAUGGAUCGAAAGCAACAAUACUCUGCACUGAACCCGGACGAGUGGGAAAAAAGGAACGACUAUGCAGUUCUAAAGUUUGGCAAGAUCCAAUCGACCUGUGUAUUAAAGAAGCGCUAAAUACAGUGGCUGCAGCAGCUGGGGACUUUGAAAAAGGAGUUGGGGCCACAGAGGAUGGGGCUAGUCUUAUUUUUGAUAAUCUCAAGAACACCACUUCAGUUCAGAACACAUACGGUGAUGUGAAGGCCACCGUAAAUGUUUUCAGCACAAUGAGUCGAGCAUCCUCCAGAGUCACAAUGGGAGAGACACUACUGCCAAAUUUCAUUGACUCCGCGAGCAAUAUAUUGAACACAACCUGGGACACUGAUGACAAGAGUAAAGUCAAAUUGGCCACAAGUUAUCUGACAUCUGUGGAAGAACUGGUAAAAAACAUCAGACUAAAUACCAGUGAGGGACACAAUGCUUCAAACGUCCAGCUCCAGGUUUGCCGAAAAUCCUCAGUCUGCAACAGAACCGUUUUCAAUGUGGAGGUGGAGGUGAACUCAUCUGCUUCUGAAGUGAAAACAAUAGGAUUACAGAAAAUUGCAUCUCUUCUCCCAAAAGGCGCCUUUACGGACGCAAUAUAUCCAAGCCUGGUCGUCUCUGCCACGGUAAACGACUCAGGACCUGUGAACAUCAGACUGGCUUUUCCAACAUCUGUAGAUGAUAAGUCUUAUUCUACGCCACAUUGUGUGUUUUGGAACAUUACAAGCGAACGAUGGUCACAAGAGGGCUGUAACUACACCCAGCUCUCUAGUAACAUCAGCUUCUGUGACUGUGAUCAUUUGACGUCUUUCUCUAUGCUGUUGUCCAAGACCCCUGUCGACUUGCCGUUUAUGGAUCAGAUCACCUACAUCGGACUGGGAAUCUCAAUCUGCUCUCUGGUUGUCUUCAUCACCAUUGAGGCUUUGGUGUGGCACGCCGUCGUCAAGACCAACCUCUCUCACUUUCGCCACACCGCCCUGAUCAACAUUUCCCUGUGUCUCCUUUUAGCGGACUGCAGUUUUGUUGCUGCCACGUUUCAAAAUAUCCUCACAGACACGUUAUGCAUACUGUUGACAGUGGCUCAGCAUUUCUUCUACCUAGCCAUGUUUUUUUGGAUGCUGUGCUUAAGCAUCAUGCUUCUCCAUCAGCUUAUUUUUGUCUUCCAUCCACUGAGAAAGAAGGUGUUCAUGAUUCUGUCCAUGACCAUCGGCUACGCUUGCCCGACGUUGACUGUGGGAGCGACGUACAUGUACUACGACAAGAGGACUGACGUCCACUACUAUAGCCGAUCAACCUGCUGGCUGACGUACGAUUCGCCGAUGAAAGGGUCCAUCCACGCUUUUCUCUUUCCUCUUGGAACCAUUAUUUUCAUAAAUAUGUUUUCAAUGGUGGUGGUCAUUGUCACCCUUCUCAAACCUGCUGCAGCAGAGAGCAACAAAAAGGAUGACAAAGAGGCAGCUAAGAGUAUUAUAAAAGUCAUCAUCUUCCUAACGCCAGUUUUUGGAGGAACUUGGAUCUUAGGCCUCUUUGUAUUUCUGAUGGACGACAACAAGAGCAUCAAGCCCUUAAUUCACUACUCCUUCACCAUAGUUAACUCCUUACAGGGCUUGUUCAUUUUACUGACAGGAUGUUUUGGUGAAAAAAGGGUCAGAGAUGAAAUUGUGAAACUUGUGAUUUCUGGAAGGUCAGCCAAAAGUGAAAGCAAGAAGAACCUGACAGUUUCCACUGCGAAAAAAUGA